AUGGUAACAAAAUCUAGAUUUCUAUACUUUUGGAGCUGCCUGACUAUUUGCACGCUACAUACAGAAGUUUAUGCAACUACAGCAUCCACCUCCUCAACUACAACCAAAAGUACAUCAACCCUUCGGGGCACCGCUACACCGUUAUUUUUAAAUCCAGAUGAUUUAUCCGCCAUUACAGGCCAUAAGCCUUUAUCGGAAAUGGACUCCAUUUACUCAUCUAUGGGUAAAGAUAUGGCCUACAAAGAUUACUUAAUGCAAUUAAAUUCUCAGAGACAAAUCAGCAUUUACAAACAUAUUGAAUAUAGUACCAACCAAACUUAUCGAGACCAGUUUCGCAAUACGUAUUCCGCAGAUGCAAAUAUUGACGUUGUUACUGAAAACCGCCCAUUUACAUCAAUUAUCAGCGAUAUCAAUUCACAACUUGGUCUAAAAGAUCAUUUACUGGAAUCGGAUAUAUUAGUCCCUAAUUCAAUCUUUAAUAAUCGAAGUUACGAUCAAGGAACAAUACGCAAACGUUAUCUUCCUUCAGGUGGAAUUGCUGGUCAAAUUUGGGGCUUAAUGGUACCCUACAAAUUUAUUCCCGGUUACUCAUCUGGUGAUAAACAGAAAGUAUUAGAUGCAAUGGACAAGAUUAAAACGGCAACAUGUAUCGAUUUUCACGUUAAAUCGGGUGGAGAUAGUGAUUAUUUGGACAUUACAAAUGUUGUAGGGUGUUCAUCAGCCGUUGGUAAACAUGGCGGGGCUCAAGUUCUGUCCUUAGCUAGCACUUGCGUUAGUGAAGAAGGAAUUAUUCUUCAUGAAUUACUACAUGCAUUAGGCAUCCAUCAUACACAAUCUCGCCUAGAUCGUGAUAAUUAUAUUAGUAUCAAUACUAAUAACGUUGCUCAAGGAGAUCUUCCCAACUUUGAUAUCUAUCCUAAUCAGCAUACCGAUCCAUAUUCGGUCGAAUACGAUUAUCAGUCAGUUAUGCACUAUGGGGAAGACGAUUUUAGCACCGGUGGUACAGUUAUUACACCAUUAGCUACUGGAGCAAGUAUUGGACAACGCAAUGGUUUAAGUUAUCUGGAUAAAGUAACGCUAAAUCUAUUAUACGGGUGUUAUGAUAAAACACCGCAUUAUUGGCCUAUGGAUGAAAUUGAUACGACUAACGAUUUAGUAGUUGGAACUACUGAUGUGACUGGACCUACAUUCAGUAGUGACCCACAAUUUUUAACAGGACUUGAUGGUGGUUAUCAUCUGAAUGCUUUACGUAUCAGAAGUGAAGAUGGUUAUGCUAAUCUAGGCUCACACCCAAAUAAAUGUCUUGUUGAUCCAGAAAGGUGUAAUAAUGGCUUUACUCUUCUAUUUUGGCUUAAAAUAGAAGAUCGCCAUCUGUACAAACAGCACAUAAUCUCAAGUCUUGAUCGAUCUAGUGAAGAUCGCGGCUUUGAAAUACAAUUCGAUUCACUACCGCUUAUUGGUCGCUUUUUAGAGAUUCAUGUCCAACAAGAAGAUCAACAUGACAUCUUACCAAUAUUCAAUGACUACAAGUACUGGAAUCAUAUAGCCGUGACAUGGAGUACCACUAACGGUAUAAAAUCAUACGUAAAUGGCACGGUCAAUAAUAUCCCUGCUAUACAGAUCCCAAAUGGAAUGAGUAUAGACGAUAACAAACCUAGCUUGAUUAUUGGUAAAUCGCCUGAUCUUAAUGGGAGUGAUGAUGCGGACUUUUUAAUAGACGACGUAGUAUUCUGGGAGAAAGAAAUUUCGGUAGCAGAAAUCUGUAACAUCAGAGAUAAUGGACCAUAUCAUGAUAUUCCUUCUGGUGAAGGCAGCCACGGGAGACGAGCUACCACAAUUGGAACAUUAACAUCUUAUGUUGGUCUAUAA